CAUAAACAAUUCUUUAAAAAAAACUUACUGGCGGCAUCAUCUAUACUCCACAGCGGUUUUAGGUUAUUCGGUGAAUAACUGAAUUUCUGUUUAUUUUAAUUGUUAAUAGAAAAAGACAAAUAACCAAAAAUGGCAGCGGCUAUGCCCAUCAAUCCCAAGCCUUUCCUCAACAGUUUGACAGGGAAAUCCGUGCUUGUGAGGCUAAAAUGGGGCCAUGAAUACAAAGGACUCUUGGUGUCUGCCGAUGGUUACAUGAAUCUGCAGUUAGCUAACACAGAAGAAAUUGUUGAUGGCAAAUGCACAGGCAAUCUUGGAGAAGUUCUAAUCAGAUGUAACAACGUCCUGUACGUACGAGGGGCAGAAGAAGAAGACGAAGAGGGAGAAAUGAAAGAAUAGCUUUUAGUGUAUAUUUUGUAAGUUACAAUAAGUGUACUAGGGUAUUGGGUUUAUCAAGCUCAUAUGAAACUGGUAAAAGAAUCUAUAAUUUUAUACUGAGAGACCAAUCUUUGUUUACGUAACCAGACACUUGAUACAUAUAUAUUUGACAUACACAUUCCAGAAGUUUGUCUCAUAAUCACUUUUGUAACUUAGGCGGGCCAUAGAGUAGCAGUUAUUUGGCACUGCUUUUCUGUGACAGGUCAAUAUUGUCUGGUGGUAUAAUUACUGAAACUAAUGAUUCUGUUAGUCAAUUUCAUGAACUUUGAAACUGAAAGUGUUUGUGUAUUGCACCAACUGUUAAAUUGAAUUAUUCAAUUUGUGAUUUUCUUAAUUAAUAAGAAUGUAUUCCAA